AUGCCCUCCCGCCGCAGUCAUACCAAGUCCCGGAAGGGUUGUCUGCAAUGUAAGAAACGGCAUGUGAAGUGCGACGAAGAGACACCACGAUGUGGCCUGUGCAAGAAACGAAGAUUGGAAUGCACAUACCCUCCAUCAAGUGAAGCGGACAGCCAGCAUGCAUCCACACCCCAGGAUAUGCCUGAUGCGUUCCCUGGUCCCGAAGGAGAACCGCAUUCAGACAGGAUGCUUGAGAUGAAACUAUUCCACCACUAUGUAACAGAGACAUACAUCACGCUCUGUCAAGGCCGUCUAGAUGCUCACCACUUCCAAGUGGUUGUCCCACGGAUCGCGGUCUCUCAUGCCUUCUUGCUGGACAGCCUACUAGGAUUGUCUGCUCUUCAUCUAGCGUACCUGAACACUCACGAUAACCGUUCAUGGCUAGAAAUCGCACUCAAAUACCAGAAUCGAGCAUGUUCAGCAUUCACCCGUGUACUCGCAGAAAUGACUCCCGAAAAUUGCGCACCAGCCUUCCUGUGCUCCAUCUUCAUUAUGCUCUGCGCAACAGCCUACCCGUGUGUUACCCAGGACAAACAUACAUUCGAGCCUCUAUCCCAUGUUUUGGAGAUUCGACAGCUCAUAGCGGGCUGUGCGUUUCUUUUCGAGCAGCUUAGCGGCAUGGAGUAUCGGGGCGACCUCCAGGGGUGGCUGAAGUAUAAGGAUGGCGAGGUCGACCAAGAUGGAAAUCCCUACCAUGUACAGGAAUCUCAGAUCAAACUACGCAGUGCCAUCAUGGAGUCUUUGCAGCGGGUGCAAGACAAAUUCACCAGCCUUGGUGGGCCGAACCAGACUGCAUACCAAAAUACGUGGGAUAUUCUUCAUGAAGCCAUCAAACGAUGGCCGUUCGGUGGCCCAAACGGUGGCAUCAUUGCGUGGCCCAUAAACAUCAGCGAAGACUACAUUGCUCUGCUGAAAAGUGGAGACUGGGUGGGCCGCGUGCUAUUUCUACACUACGGGGUAGGAUUGCACCUUCUCUCCGACAAGUGGUUUGUCCGCGACUGGGGCCGGCGUCUUAUUGAAACAGUCCUGCAAUCGGAGGAAGAUAUCCCCCCUAUUUGGACCGAAACCAUUACAUGGACAAAGGAGGCCGUGGAGCUCUGA